UAUUUUCACGAAUGCGUAGCAUGAGUGAAAAUAUAAACGUUUUCUUGCUUAGAGAUGAAAUAAAAUAUGUUAUUCACGACAAAACGACAAAUGUUCUAUUUAUUUUAUGAUUUUACAAUCAUUUUUGGUAAAAACAACUAGCCAGUGGAAUAACACUUUUAUUUCACUGAUAAAACGUGGUAUUCCACUACUGAUCAUAAAAUAAAAUUGUAAUAUAAUCCCGUAAUAUGGUUUGUCAAGUGGAUGUUAAACACGAUUUCACUCCCUUAAAUAACUCGAUAACAUGAACGGUAAGUAAAUGGUGGUAUUCAACCCAAUGUCUUUCAUUAUGAUGCGCAAUAUGUCCAUCUUCUUGCAUGUAAACGCUUCAAAAACACUAAAAAUGGUUUGAAUAUAGAACAUUAGGACGUUAAAUUUGAUUUCGUUUUGUAUAUAUGAUUGUAUAUACAAUGAGGUAUGUUAGCCGAAAGGCAGCCUACCCGGUAUCCUACUUCUAAACGAAGAGAAAAUAGUUUUAGGCCGAAAGACUUGGUAACAGUUUUGUUAAAAAUGGCCUUACAGAGUUCUUGAAUUGUUUAGUUUUUCCCCUAAGAAGAGCAUGUCCAUUGGGUCAUUAACUCACCCUUAACAAAUAAAUUGUUUCAAUAGUUGAACUGGAAUGCACAGGCCAUAAUUCUAUGGGAUACAAUUACUGCUUAUUGAGCAACGUUUCAGCUUGAUGAAGACUAAAUAGAGGAGCCUAGUCGAAAUAUCGCUCAAAUAUAAGCAGUGAUUGUAUUCAAUUUCAAUAGAAUUAAAUACGUAGAUAUACUUCGAAAUCAGAUCUUGUCAAUCGUGAAAGAAGAACUGUAGCAAAAUUCUCAUUAUUUUUUUUUCUACCCCACACGUUAAAUCUAAAUUUAUUCAAGUGUCUGACAUCUACAAAUCCUUUUAAAACUGGAUGGGGUAAUGAGUCCACAACUUUUAGUGAACGCUCUAAUUCCACAGAGUAAAACUGUGCUAAUUCUGUCACUAGGUCAUUGUACCAGUCACGUGAUAUUUAUUUAAAGAAUCACAUGACCGGCCUCGUGAUAUGUAUAGUUAAAGGAAUGACUGCUGAAAAUGGCGAGAUUUAAUACGCUGUCAUUCACAUUUUGUCUUCUUGCAAUAUUACCAGGAAAUGCUGCAGUGGAUAGUUUGCGAUUUCUUGUCAUUGGGGACAUGGGAGGAUUACCGGUUUUCCCAUACACCACACCAGUGGAACAAGGUACUGCGAAAGAGAUGGGAAUAAUGGCCAGCCAAUAUGGGCCUUCCUUUAUACUGGAAAUCGGUGAUAAUUUCUACUAUGAUGGAGUGGCAAAUGUGUCUGACCAUCGAUUUCGAGACACGUUUGAAGAGGUAUACACAGCACCAUCUUUACAAGUUCCUUGGUAUCUCGUUGCUGGUAAUCAUGAUCACAAUGGCAAUGUUACCGCCCAGAUAAUGUACACUCAAACUUCAGAAAGAUGGAAUUUUCCUGACUUGUACUACCCUCUAUCGUUUACUGUACCUGGAACCAGUGAUACUGUUGAUAUUGUCAUGAUUGAUACAGUUAGUUUAUGUGGUAAUGUGCUCGAUGAUUUCCAUGGUUAUCAGCCGAAAGCACCAGAAAAUUUGAAAGUAGCGGAAGAUCAAUGGACAUGGAUUGAAGAAAAUCUGGCUAAAAGCAAAGCAACAUAUUUAUUGGUAGCUGGUCAUUUUCCUGUAUAUUCUAUAGCUGAACAUGGCCCAACAGAAUGUCUAGUAGAUAGAUUAUUACCUAUGUUAUAUAAAUAUAGAGUUACAGCUUAUAUGUGUGGACAUGAUCAUAAUUUACAGCAUUUAAGAACUGAAAAUGAAGGAAUUCCUUUAGAUUUUAUUCUGUCCGGCGCUGCAAACUUCAUAGAUCCAAGUCUAGAACAUGUGCAAGCCGUCCCAAAAGGCUCCUCUCUGUUUCACUGGGCUGAUUUGAGUGCUCUUGGGGGAUUUGUCUUCACUGAAGUUACCGCUAAUAAUAUGACCUUUAAUUAUAUUGAUGCAAGCGGUAAGAUGUUGCACCAAACGUCUUUACUUCCUCGUAAAUUAUGAUAAAGAUUUAUAGAAGUAUGAAGCUGAUUUCAAAAUUAUUGAUGGUAAUUUUUUAUUCAAUUUCAAUUAAUUGAAUAAUUUUUUAUUCAAUUUAUUUAUUUUUUGUAUAAAAUAAUUAUAUAUAUUGUAAUAGAAAUUUAUGCAGAUUACUUUAUGAUUUAUAUUUAUUUUUUUACAAUUACAUUAAAAUGUAACUUUAAAUUGGUGCAUAAGUAAAACAUGUAGAAUUAUGAUUGACAAGUCAGCUUCUUAUAUUAGUAACAGUUUACAUGCUUAUAUUAAGUCUAUAGUUUACAUGAUUAUAUUAAGUCUAUGGUUUACAUGAUUAUAUUAUGAUCUAUUAGUUUACUACCGUUUACACAUUGGCAUGCAUGACAGUUGGAAUUCGAAAUAAGAGUAGGCCAUAGCCCUGCUGUCCAGGCAAAAUUUACCCCACAGCACACUGCAAGGUGUAAGCAAGUCUUCAUUAGCCCUGUCGGUGCAGAUAAAUGCAGGACGUUAAACACCCAUUUAAUUUCAUUUCUAUUACAUCACAUGAUUAUAUUAAGAAUUAUUAGUUUACAUGAUUAUAUUAUGAAUUAUUAGUUGACAUGAUUAUAUUAUGAUUAUAUGAUGAUAUUAUAAAUUAUACGUUAACAUGAUAAUAUUAUGCAUUAUUAGUUUAUAUGAUUAUAUUAUGAUUACAUGACAGUGUUAUGAUUACAUAUUAAUAUUAUGAUUACAUAAUACUAUUAUGAUUACAUGAUAAUAAUAUUAUAAAUUAUUAGUUUACAUGAUUGUAUUAUGAAUUAAUAGUUUACAUGAUUAUAUUUUGAAUUUACUUUAUUAUGAUUAUAUUAUGAAUUAUUAAUUGUGAUUACAUUAUGAAUUAUUAAUUUACAUGAUUACGUUAAUAUCUAUUGAUUUUAUGAUGACUAUAUUUAUUUGUCUAUCAUAUCAAAUUUUUAUUGAUUUGCACUUUUGUGAUUUUAAUUUGUUAUUUAGAUUGAAUGAGUAAAUAAAAACUUUUAUAGAGCUUUUAAUUUUGUAAUUAAUGUAUAACUGUUUUAAACAUUAUGAGCAAUAUUUCUUAUUUUUAUAUAUUAAUAUAAGUAAAUGUGUAGAAAUACACGAGAAUGGCAUAUUGGUGCAUGUCUUAAUUUGUUCUAAUUACAUGUAUAAACGAAUUCCAUAAUGCUUUUGCUUCAUUUUUAUAUAUCAUUGCCGAAAGCUUGAUGCCAAACUGAUUACAUUUGUGGUUACAAUUGAUGGACUACGCAUCUAUACCAAAUGUCUUUCAAAAUUCUUUGUAGAAAUUCCAAGAAAAUAUUAUGUCUAAAAAAUUAUGUAGUUUAUGAGAAGAAAAAACAGUGUAACAUAAAAUUACCACUUAUUUCAAGUGUAGCAUAUUUAUAUAUUUAUAUAUUUAUGACAUGCAUGGGCAUUCAGGGUAACGUAUAUUAAAUUAUUUAAUAUGAUAAAAGCAUUGUGCAUUUUAAUUAACUGCUGUUAAUUGUUCGAUGCAUAUUGGAGGUAACUGACACUAUUCGUAAUGAUAUGAUUGUCCAUAUUAUGCACAUAAAUUAAUUCACCAAGCAAUGACUGUGAUAGAUCGUAUAUUAUUAACAUAAAUUAAUAGCACAGAUAUGAUCAUUGGUUAUGUGUAUCAGAAUUCAGCAUACCACGUGUUAAUUUAUAAAUAUUUAUUUUAAAUAAAAUAUUUGUAUAAGCUGUAUAAAUAAUGAACUGGUUUUUACUAGCAUUUAUGAAUCUUAAAAAUACAUUAUACAAGAGCUAAAUCUCCCUAUUGCAGGUCUUUCUUUAGGCCUGAAAUGUUUUCUAAAUUAUUAAUUAGACAUUAAUUAACUUAUCCAGGCCAAAAUCAAACCUCGAUGGCAUCGGAUUUCUCCGAUAUUAAAUAGAUUAGAACAGUUCAGCCAUAUUUUGAUUUAAGCUAAAAAUGGAGGAGCAGGUCUUGGCAAUGGAUUCACAAUAAAUGACUUUAUCUAGUAUUUUGCGAUCAGGAAACAUUUAUGUUUAUCGGGAAAUACCUUUUAUAAUAUCAACAUAUAUAAGUUAUGCUUCAUUUCGAAAGAUAAAAAUUUAUUUUAUUGUUUA